UGGUCGACAAUCCGAUGCGAUGAGCCACGAUUCUCAAGUCGAUGGGAUCAUUCGGGGGGAAGACAAAGCUGAAGUCGACAACCCAGAUGCGACAGAAGUGUCCCCGCGUCGGUGUGAUAACGGUCACGACGACGACGGUGAUAGAAAACCCGGUAACGACACCAUGACGUCAGCAGAUACAUUUGAAGGAUACGCUAAGACGUUUGCAAGAAAACUAAGCAUCCGAAGGAAAGGCUCAGCCUCGAAACACAAGAUUCCACCGCCGGAGCACCUCAUCGGAGACAAAGACGAAGACGCCGAACGAAAGGAUCAGGACCCGCGCCGUCCCGCCUUGUCUACCGCACUGCUCGCCGACUAUCGCUACGACAUGUCCCACCGACGCCGCGGGACAGCCGUGCUCAUCAACAACGCCGACUUCGCGGCCGGCACCGACAUGCCCAGGCGCCUGAGCACAGGGGCCGACGUGGAUGGGCUGGGGAGGGCGCUAGAGGACUUAGGAUUCCAGGUCAAGCUCAUUCAGGAUGUCACGUGUGGCCAGAUGAGACGAUUGAUACACUUGCUUAGCAAGGAGGAUCACAGCGACGCCGACUGCCUUCUCAUCGCCAUCAUGUCACACGGGGAGGAAGGUGAGAUAUACGGCACGGACGGACCCAUGCCAACCCGAGAAAUCACUACACCAUUCCGUGGAGACGCCUGCCGGAGUUUGAUCGGCAAACCCAAGCUAUUCAUUUUCCAGGCGUGCCGUGGAGAAAUAGUGGACCAAGGCGUUGCUAUAGACAGCCAUGACGUCGACGAACCGGACGCCAUGAUUGGCUACCAGGCGGCCAGAACUGUCCCGGUCGAAGCAGACUUUUUGAUGGCAUAUUCCUCCCCAGAGGGCUAUGCGUCUUGGCGCAACGCCACAAGCGGUGCCUGGUUCAUCCAAUCCCUCGUCCAGGCAAUGGAGGCCUACGGCCAUAGCUGGGAGCUGACCAGACUCCUGACCCUCGUCAACCGCAUGGUGGCGCUACAGUACGAGUCCCUAUCGGAGAACACGUUCAUGACGAGAAAGAAGCAGAUGCCGUGCUUCGUGUCGACGCUGACCAAGGAGCUGCACUUCAGACCAAAGGGCGCCCCCGUGGGACUAGCGACCAAGUCACCGUGAGCAACGGAAAGGCCAACGCUAGUUUGCAGUCAAGUAGCCUGAGUACCCUUGGGUGAUACCUUUUUGCAGAAUUCGGUGAAGGAAAUACAGGCGUUGCAAGCAUCGUGGGUUGCUUGCUGGCGUGUGCUUGCAUGUAGAUUUGAUAAAAGGAUCUUACAUGCGCCUUAGUUUGCCCUCAUGAAACGACAUCGUUGAUCACGACCUUAGGCCUACUGUUAUGGAUCCCAUAAAUUUAACGCAAGACCCAGUAAAGAAACAUCACAACAAAGCCAUUUUUAUCUCACAGUACUUGAGCAAUCUGAUCAACAAAUGCAAGUCGUCCACAACAUCAAGAGAUUUACGACAGACUGUUGACGAUCAAUACCACACAACUGUGCAACAACCUGCUUGGUACCAACCGCACCGAGUACAGUAAGGCGGUGCCUUUUAUAUUAUUGUGUGUGCGAUGAUUUAGACUACAGACCCUAAUGAUCAUAAAUUAAAGGACGGAUUUGACUGCAUAAAAAGAGGAAGUAGACUUCUCAAAAUGUACAGCUCUUGAGCUACGCCUCGUGAAUACAGACCUGCUUAAUUCGCACCAUUUUCCAACAUGGGUUUAAAGCUGUGGAUUAAAUAUAAUCUUGUAAAUCCCCAUCGCUUAGCCAUCAGGUAAACUGAAGGAAGCCGUAAGAUAACAUUCUCUCGAACAAAAUGUGGUAGCGUUCCCACAGAGGAAAGCGCGCACAGUACUAUAUUCUCGGGGAAAGUCAUGCCGCUUCUGCUCGUUCUUGUCACGUUUUCACUCCCCACCUUUAUGGUCCCGACGUGUUCGAGCUCCUUUAGACAAGUUCAAAAACCCUUCCAGCAGUUUCUGACCAAUACCGGCAUUGAAUAGCCUGAUAAGCGCCAAGUGUUAGCUCACGACUCUGUUUAUUGAUACGUGGCUUUGCAUAUUUGCCUUCAGAUAAUUUAAAUGCCCUAAUAAAAAGAACAAAGUUCACAACCAAAACAACAUCCGCCCAAACUGUUGACAGGAGCGUAUCAAUCCACCUACUUGGGGAUCGACUGAAAUGAUUCCAAACCUCCGGGAUUAUAUUUAAUAAUAUAUUAAUAAUAAUAAUUAACAACAGUGUCAUUGAGGCCACACUUUCUUACUAUUCUACAACACAUAGCCUCGACUUGCUGAGAGUCCAUUAUUUCAUCUAGGAUUGAUCGACAAACUGCAGUAACAUGUUGUCUCUCAAAAAUAUUUUUCUUAGAAUAUCGACAUCACGUACCUCCGUUACCAUGCAAGGGGGUUUAUCCAGAAGACCUCAGCAUGAAGCCUCAUGGGUAUACUUUGCUUCGGCUGUGAGGUUGUGGGUUUCAAUCAAACUUGGAAUUCAAAUAAUUCUAUUUGUUUAUAGAGUCAAUAUGUUAGCAACAUUUUCGUAGGGGAUCACUUUUUAAUGUCACAUUAAUAUCCAUAUGAUAUUUUAUUCCAAAUGUAACCAACCUUUUAUCAUCUGGGUGUAAAAAGGUAUCACAUGUACCACUUCAUCUGUGUAACAAAUUAUUUGGUCAGUACAAUGUAGAAGCAAUCUAACGUCAUGUUCAAAUACUUGACUAGUAACACACAACGAAUUAGCAUAGCUUUCAUCGCUGCAACUUAUACCUAACUUAAUUGCUUGUCUAACAACUCUGUGAAAUAUGAUACAUAUAAUAUCUGUGAUCACUAUUUUAUUUGAAAGUAUGCACCUAAUAUUUCAAUUCAUUUCGGUAUUACAGACAUCACAUAGUGGCAUCGGACUAUACAGAUGUACUUUCUGUAAGAUAAGACGAGAUGAGUAAAAUGAUUGCGGUUGCGAGUUGUGAUGUACAUGUGCACUGUACAUGUACCUACAGCAAGUCUGCGGGCGAAACCACGAUGUACAUGUACAGUACCCUUAGCUGUUGCAGGUCACGUUUGUUCGGCUGAACUGUGACAUCUGAUUUAUAAUACAAUCACGUCUACCAAGGGUGUACCCUUGAAUCAGAACAGCUGGAAACCAUGUACAGCGUCAAAGCUCUGUGAAAUCUUAUCUAGGCUGACCUUGGAUGAAAAUUGGGUUCCAUAAGUGUACAAAUCGAGUUAUGCUAGCCUGUAGCGCUUUCCCUGCAUAUGUCGAUGUUGCAGGCUGACGGUUCGCGACAGGUCAAUUAACUCGAGUUCUGAUAUUCUGACGGUUGUCCAUUUUCGAAUGGAAACCGUCAUAGUACAAAUGAGUCGCUAUGGGACAUUACUACCGGCAUGGUCGCGUACCUCUCUCUGAACAAUCGCCUUGUCUCCCUAUGCUACAGUCAAAACACCGUUACACAUCAAGACAGGCGCAUUAUACUCAAAAGUUUACAGACCUGGACAUUACGUUAUCCUCCAAUCUCUCCAUACCGAAUCUUUAAUUGCAAUUAAACUUAACACAAUUUAACAACACCUGUGCUUCCAAGAUCAUAUCUGAAAGUCCACUGAUGAUACUGCAUAUUAAGCCCACAAGGAGAAAGAAUUGAAUCAACAACUUUUUCAGACUGUAGACUAUUAUAAGAAACUACAAUUGCACCAAAACCAAACUCUUCUGACCCAAUUGUGGGAUUAACUUCGACUGAGGUGAUGCAUUGGUACCCUGAGUCAAACUUCAGCGCAAAGCCCUUAUAAUUGUCUCCUAAUGACUACAGUGUGUGCUUCGAACCCGGCCAGUUCGACUUAAAAAUCUCGUAUAAGCUGAAUAUGGAGUCGACAUGCGGGGCUUCCAGUUCGACAACCUUGAAGAUCCCGCUGCUACCGCACACCUGCCAUCUGCCCUUGACGAGCAGUUCACAUUUUUGAGCAUAAUAGAAGUUACAUGUAUCUUAUACAGCAACUUCAUAUUAGAGCAAUUAUAACUAGCACGAGGCCAAAUUGCCACAUCUUACACUUUAAGUUGUCAGUACAGGCACACUGCAUGUUGAUAUCCUACUACAGUUGAAGACCUUUUUGACUUUUGUGGGGAAGUCAGAAAUUACCACGUGCGCGCAGAUACCGUCACGAGCUGUGAAUCCAAUUACCAAUUACAAACCAACGGAAGAACUUUUGAUGUUCAUUCAUCGUGAUGACACUGAGAGCCUGACGUACUGGAACCGUUGAAAGUUCACCUUGACAUUCUCUGCACUGGGAUAUAUUCUGUCGCACUAUGGAAUUAUAUUAUGUAUCAUAGCAAAUCACAUAAAGGCACGGUGAGAGCCACUUCGAAAGUUUGCAAUAAUUGGAGCGAAAUGAAGGUUAACAAAUCAUAUUUAAAUGCAUUUCAAGUUUGACAGUGUUUAAGUCUGUUUUGUUUGUCUUAUGGAGUCUAG